CCAGGGUGUGCGAGGGUCGCGGUGCCCCUGCUGCCGCGACCGCGUCGGAUGCGAGCAGCGCGGCAGGCGCAAGUCUCUUCCAGGAGCCAGCGAGUUCAGUGUGCGGCUGAUCAAGGCAUGGGGAUGCCAGGUAGCCUCCUCUCGCACCGACUCUAGGGACUGAAGUGAAGGGUUGCGGACACCGGCGCAUGGCCGGUGGUGCAUUUCGGUGCUAGCAGUACAACGGCCAUCACGUCAACCGAGAGGGGUGGAGGUGGUGAGGCGGAGAGAGACUAGAACAGCAUGGCCAGGCAGCAGCCACGCCGCUCGCCAGAGCGAGUGGCUGUGUGGCUGCUGUUGGCUUUGGGCCUGUGUUUGAGUGUGGGGGUCUUGGGGGCCCCGUCGCAGUGCCCCGCGUACAACGAGAUCAGCCCGUGCAUCUGCAACGUCAAGAAGAAUGGUCUCGACCUGCUGUGCGAGUUCACCGACCUCAGCCACAUUUCCAAAGCGAUGGGCGUGCUCAAGGGCCGCCAGGUGGUCCUCUACUACCUCAAGCUGCGUCACAACAACCUGCCUAAACUUCAAGGUUUCGUUUUCCUCAGUCUGGAUAUCAGACACCUGACCAUCCACAACAGCAGCCUGGCGGUAGUGGAGGAAACAUCUCUGAGCUCGGUGGGCAAGGGCCUCACGCAGCUGGACUUUUCGCAGAAUUCUCUGCAGCUGGUGCCGACCUCAGCUCUGAAGCUGCUGCACAAGCUGCUGAUCCUCAACAUGAACCACAACAGGAUCGGCACUGUGCAUGCCAGGGCCUUCGAAGGGCUGGACGCCCUUGAGAUUCUCACCCUCUACGAGAAUCGGAUCAGCAACAUCGACCAGGACGCUUUCAAGGGGCUGGAAAAGAAGCUGCGCCGAUUGAAUUUGGGAGGCAACGACUUGAACUCGGUACCCACAGCGGCGCUGUCGGUUCUGGAGAAUUUGCAUAAGCUGGAGUUGCCAGAGAACAAAAUCACCGAGAUUAAUGAGGGAGACUUUGAAGGUCUUGGAAAUCUCGACUCGCUCGUCUUGGCACACAACCACUUGAGAGUCGUCCCAGCUAGAGCCUUCGCCACCCUCACUAGACUAAACUCUCUCGAGUUGGAAGGAAACGGCAUCUCCAGAGUCGAUGCCGACGCGUUUGUGGGAAUCGAAGAGAACUUGCAGUACUUGCGACUGGGUGACAACAACCUCCACGAAAUCCCCAGCGACGCGCUCAGGUCAUUGCACAGGCUGCGCCAACUGGACCUCAGUUCGAAUAACAUCACUGUGGUUGCGGAGGACGCGUUCGUUGGAUUUGGCGAUUCAAUCACGUUCCUCAAUUUGCAGAAGAACGACAUAAAAACUUUGCCAGCACUAACUUUUGAGAACUUGAACUCCUUGGAGCAGCUAAACUUGCAGUAUAACAAGCUGGACCGUCUGCCAGAAGAAGUCAUGGAGCCAGUGAUGGAUACAUUGCGGAAUUUGGACGUUACAGGCAAUCCCUUGGAGUGCACGUGCGAGCUAACUUGGUACACGGAGUGGCUAAGACGGCUCCGUGGCAAAGAUGACGAGAUAAUGCAGAAGAAGAACUCCAUGUGCGUGCUAACGCGCGAACGCCACGAGUACAACAUGAAGAGCCUGCCGCUCGACCGCAUGAACUGCGUGGGCAAGAACCUGGAACGGCUGUCGUCCAGUUCCAAGUCGCUGGGGGCGUUGGCCACCCUCACCUGGGCGGCCUCUAUGACCUGCCCCCUUCUCUUCUGAGCAAACGUACACACACAUUCACAAAUUAGCGUCUAUUCAACCUUACACAUAUCAAGAUUAAGACCUUACAACUCUAUUUAAUCAGACGAAAUACAUAUCAAUGUGUCUGUGGUUUUCUCACACCUAUGUCACACACAUUUUGGAUGUCUUUCUGGAGCAUAUCACUUUGCUGUCCUCCAAGGAGGCAGGAUGCUGUUGAACCAAACACGAAAUAACUGUUAGUGUAUAAUGAAAUAGUCGGUAAGGAAGCAUUGUAAGUUACCAUUGCCGCAAGCGCCAUGUUCUGGUUUUCGUUCGAUUUGUAAAGUACACACAAUAACGUUAAGCAUUUUAAGAAAAGGUUUGAACACCAUUCUAAAGACUUGAAUUCGCAGAUCGGCAUUCUUGAUUUUUUUACGUAGCCAUCGCCACAAUGAAUUAGAAUCACUAAAUGAACGCAUCUAGUUUUUGCUGGGGUAGUCUUAUAGUUUCUGUGUGGAAUCUUACUAAUAGGCGUGUAGUUGUUCAUUAGCAAUUGAGAGUGUAGUUGUUAGAGUGUUUAACGUUUUGGUGCCGAGGGUUUCUUGACCCGCAACCAUCGACCACAAUGAAAUACAUAUCCACUGUAAAAUUGAUCAAAUAUCGGCCUCCCGAUCGGCCCAAUGGCACUCGCUUCCUCGAGGACCGAUUUUCUUUCCAUCCGUCGCGCGCCCAAAAGUCAGACAGUGGUCGGCCCUCGCCCAAGUGGCUCAGUCAUUUCGAUCCGCUCUCGCCGAGGCCGAAGACACAUAUCUAGCACCACAAUUCACUAAUUUGACAUAUCUCUUGUGUGAAUCGGUGUUAAUAUUUACACUCAAAUACAGAUACAUAUCAUCAUUAUAUUAUACUCUCUACACGAGAAGCAUUAUUGAGAUAAAUUUAAGAACUGCGUACCAUGCGUCUUGAUAUAUUCCAAUUAUAUAAUGUGUAUUUUACUUGAGGAAUCAAGAAAUUUAUAUAUGUUGUGCGCUUAAACGAAAUAAAAUUAUUAAUUGUAAAACAA